UGGGUGUGGCUUCCCACCAGCCCGACCAUCCUGACUGACGGAUCUCUGGAUGACCUUGUCCCCACCCCUGUCCCUGCGCUCACAUACACCACAGAAAUGUCACAUCUGCCCAGCAGCUCAGUCCGCGACCAUAUGAAAUGGGUUUGUUUUGAGAACACCAAAGCGGGGCUGCUUGGCUGCGAGGCCGUCCUCUCCAGCAUGGCCCUGAUGCAGGCCAGCUCCAUGGCCGCUCCGCCCAAAAAAAUGAUGGCUCCACUCGGCCACGGACUCCCGCAGAGAGAGGCAUCUGACCGUGCUCCACAGAGCCAUAUGAUCCUCCCCUCUGGAAUGAGCUGUCCUCCCCUGGUUAGGACCAACUUCGGAAAUCUCAUCCGGAAGGAAGGUGAAUUCCAAGCUCCCCGUCUGCUGGAUGAGAAGGAGAUGAGGGCCAACGAGGACAUGCAGCAGAAAAAAAAGAACAGGAAAUCAGUUACGCCCUGCAAAGUGAGAGAACAAGAAGGAAUGGGAGGGAAGGGCACAGGUGGAGAUGAGAAUGGUCCAGCAUCCAAAGUGCAGAAAAACUUUAUUUGUGAUCACUGUUACGGAGCAUUUAGGAGUGGAUACCACCUGAAGAGACAUAUCCUCAUCCAUACAGGGGAGAAGCCGUAUGCUUGUGCCGUUUGUGACAUGAGGUUUAUUCAGCGUUACCACCUGGAGAGACACAGCCUCAUUCACACGGGGGUGAAGCCGUACGCUUGUUCCAUGUGUGACAUGAGGUUUUUCCAGCGUUACCACCUGGAGAGACACAGACUCACUCAUACGGGGGUGAAGCCGUACGCUUGCUCCAUGUGUGACAUGAGGUUCUUCCAACGUUACCAUCUGGCAAGACACAGCCUCACUCAUACUGGGGUGAAGCCAUACGCUUGCUCCAUGUGUGACAUGAGGUUUUUCCAACGCUACCACUUGGCAAGACACAGCCUCACUCACACGGGGGUGAAGCCAUAUGCUUGCUCCAUGUGUGACAUGAGAUUUUUCCAGAGAUACCACCUGGCAAGACACAGUCUCACCCAUACGGGGGUGAAGCCGUACGCUUGCUCCAUGUGUGACAUGAGGUUCUUCCAGCGUUACCAUUUGGCAAGACACAGCCUCACUCAUACUGGGGUGAAGCCGUAUGCUUGCACCAUGUGUGACAUGCGGUUUAUACAACGUUACCAACUGGAGCGGCACAGUCUUACUCAUACAGGGGUGAAGCCGUACGCUUGCACCAUGUGUGACAAGAGGUUUUUUCAGCGCUACCACCUGGCGAGACACAGCCUCACUCACAUGGGUGUGAAACCUUAUGCGUGCACCAUGUGUGACAUGAAGUUUUUUCAGCGUUACCACCUGGCGAGACACAGCCUCACUCAUACGGGUGUGAAACCUUAUGCUUGCACCAUGUGCGACAAGAGGUUUUUUCAGCGCUACCACCUGGCGAGACACAGCCUCACUCAUUUGGGUGUGAAACCUUUUGCUUGCACCAUGUGUGACAUGAGGUUUGUUCAGCGUUACCACCUGGCGAGACACAGCCUCACUCAUACGGGUGUGAAACCUUAUGCUUGCACCAUGUGCGACAAGAGGUUUUUUCAGCGCUACCACCUGGCGAGACACAGCCUCACUCAUUUGGGUGUGAAACCUUUUGCUUGCACCAUGUGUGACAUGAGGUUUGUUCAGCGUUACCACCUGGCGAGACACUGCCUCACUCAUACGGGGGUGAAGCCGUAUGCUUGUUCCAUGUGUGACAUGAGGUUUAUUCAGCGUAACCACCUGGAGAGACACUGCCUCACUCAUACGGGAGAGAAGCCAUUUGCUUGUGACAUGUGUGAUAUGAGGUUUAUCCAGCGCUACCACCUUGAGAGACACAAGCGUGUCCAUAGUGGGGAGAAGCCUUACCAGUGUGAGCGGUGCCAGCAGAACUUUUCACGGACAGACAGGCUGUUGCGGCACCGGCGGUUGUGCCAGGGUCGCGGCGUAGCCAAAGUGGAGAACCAGCCGUGCUGCGAACCGCGCCCGUAUGGCCAGGAGCCCCCCCCCGCCCCUCAGACCUGGAGCCCCUGCACCCCCCUCCAGGCCGACUGGCAGUCUGACAUUCCACCCUCCCCACAUCCACAACCACGCCAGAGAGCGGAGGAGCCACAGGGUUUCUUCUUCUGCGCUGAGUGACGCCACACUCCAGCGCCGACCCUUCUGCAGCUCCAGUCUUGGGAUUACUGAUGAUCGAGGGACAUUUGUGUCUUUGCUUUGUUGACUUUUUACUGUGUUUCCUUUCCUCCCCCUGUUUUUUUAAAGACAAGACUUUUCUGUGAUGAACAGUGGUCCUGUUUUGUACUUAAUCUAUUUGGUUUUUGCAAAAAAAAGAAGUUUUUAUCGUUGUUCAAAUAUAUCUGCAUUUGGUGGUACUCGGGAAGGGCUGUAGGUAUUGUUUAUCCAGACGUGUUGGCAACAACAAAAUGGGAUGACGUGGUGCUGAGGAAAAGUAUUUGAGCUUCUUUCUGAUUUUCAUGUGGCCCAUUUUGUAAAACACAAGAAUCGCCACUUUGGUCGUUUCAAUAUUAAGACUGAACUUUCCUUCCAGGUAAAGCAAGGAGAGCGCUAUGUUUGCACUAUGUAGCAAACAGAGUGCUAGAAGCAUCGGUCUGAAUGUGAUCUGAACAAUAGGAUGUUCCUGACUUUAUCAACAUGGGAGGUACAGUUUUAAUAAUGGUUUUGUGUAAAUCGAAAAUGUUUAUUUUAACUUGAGACUAAAUUAGGGAUGUUUGUGUGUGCACGAAAUGGGCCAAAAAACCAGCUGAUCAUAAGAAAUGAGGUCAAACACUCCUCUGCCUCUGUUUCUGAGAUAUCCUAAGGAAACCUGAGUAACUAAGUGUUUUUUAAAACAAAAGUAAUAUCAAACCAGGGCUUCCAGGAAGUGGUGAAGAGGUCUGGGUCCCAGGAUUAUCACCUGUGUGUCUCAUGUUCUGUGUGACGUGCUGAGGACUCGGGGAAAGGGCCCAUGAUGGCCCCCGUAUAUAUUUUCAGCUGUAUAUAUAUACAUAUACACACACAGUAUAUAAGCAGAGAUCCCCAGUACGUACAGGAAGGCCUCUGCUCGAUCUGUCUAUAGAUUCUUGUUCUGAAUAGCACAGGUUGGCCACUUGAAGUCCCAUUAUGUUGUCUGUACAGAUACUCUCAUGUGAGAUCAGCGAGGGUAUACAAAAUCUUGUGGCCUUAGUGUGUUUUGUUUCUUUUCUUUUGCCUUGUUUCUCAGCUGUUUGUUAUUGUGGAUCAGAUGUAUUAACUAAGAAGAGACAGCCAGUCUUCAUCAUGGUAUGUUUUUGUUUUUUAAUCCUAAAGCCGCCAUGGUUACAGAAUGUUGACGGCUUCAGUGGCGCUAAAACAAACUAAUGUUUUCGCCUGUCGACCUAGGUUGUCUUUUGAUGAUUAAUGUUUGGAUCAUUGUUACUGAUACACACAGUAUGGAAGGAGCCCCCGAGUGUUUGACAGUCCUUGUGAGAAGUCCGUAGAGCUGACCCACUGCAGCGCUCUGGCAGAAUCAGCACGUGCUCGACUCUGCUACACACUAACAAUUGCCUUUUUUAUCCAAAUAUUAUGUGGUUGGUGUGUAAUAAUGGAUGUCUGUCAUGUCAUUGGGUUUAGCCUUAAGUAAGUGCGGAUACACAAAGUAAUCAUCGUAGUGCUAAAUGAUAUUGUAACAAACAAUUUAUUUUCACCUAUCAUGACCUUUGAUCGUACUGUGUAAAAGUCUUUGGCGGUCAGACAGCAGAGAGCAGUUAAACAGGAGGGGGGGGGCACUUUGCCGCCUAUUGAAGAAGUUUCUCAAACUUGAUCCUUUCUGUGACUGAUGGGCUAAUGUUAGCAUCGUCCUAACUGUUCUGUUUAAGCCAGUAAUGUCAGUGUGUGUGUGUGUGUGUGGGAGACGGACAUGUUAAGUCUUCACAACUGCCAGAGCGACGUCUCAGAUUCCAGCUACCUUCAGAAGACAGGAUUUUUUUUGUUUUUAUUUCAAGGUCCAGAUAAGCUUCGGUGAAUGUGGAGAUGGAAUCCCAGAGUGCAUUAUCUGGUCUCUGGAGGAAUAGAUGUUUGUUACAAUAAGACGAAUAUCACUGAUUUAAGUGGUAUUUUACAACAAGUAUUAACGGGAACGUUUCUUUCAAGUGGUCAAUCAUAUCAAGGCAAAGUUGUGUGACAAGUUGUGGUGUAAGUGUGUACAGAGAUGGGAUUUCACAUGUUUUGAUAAGCAAAGGGGCCAAGUUUGAGAAAUGCAUUCAUUUGCUCUGGAAACACUAUUCCAAAUCAGUGGAGGAGAUACAGCUGGUGCAAGCACAUACUCAAAUGGCUAAAGGGCAGAACAGUACAUAGUUGACAUCACUUGUUAAUAUCUUUUUGUGUCUUUUAUUGUUUUUAGUCUCAAUCUCAUUGUUAAAACGCAAUAGAAUCCUUGAGUCUCAGAUCAUUUGUUUAUAAGAUUGAGGUUUCAUUUUUCAGACGGAUCCGAGGAUUUAUUUCUCUGAGAUGUUCUCAUCACAUUUUGAUGAUUGUUUCAAGGACCUUUUUUUAUUCUGAUGAAAUUGUAAACACUGGAGUGAAAAGGAAAAAGACAAAAAAGAAAGAUGGUUAUUUUUUUCUUCAGACUGUACUAGAUUUUAGGUUUUAGACAAAGCCUAUUUCUCCUCAACUUGACACAGAAGGUGGACAGAACAUUUUGGAUCAGUGCAGUUGGGAUCCCAGUAUGUUUGAUAAUUUUGACAUUAUAGGCAGUAGUACCACAAGAAAAAUGUUUUCUUUCUCAUAUUGAAGUCCCUGGUAUUUGUAGUAAAUUAUAUUGAUAAUGGUAUUAGAUGAACAACAGCAUAACAGUAGCUAUCACAGAUUAGUUGUUUUCUUUAUUAGUCUUGCAUGCAGAGUUAUGGUCCUCAGUUAAGACAGGAUCUUGAUAUUGAUUAUUUUGUGUAGGAAAAUGAGUGCAUAAGAAUAACUUCCUAAAAAGAUGUUACAAUGAUUAUUGUAAAAUGGGCUAACUAAUAUGUACCCUUGUGAUCCAAUUAGUUUCAACUAUAUGAAAAUCAGAGGAGAGGCUUCUUACUAUUAUGCUGAAAUAAAAUAAUUUGUAAAGGAC